GCAUAAUAAAAAUAAUUAAAUACUAUAUUAUAAAUAGAGAAAUAAUGUGAUAAACAUUAUAUGUGUUCAUUAUAUUGAAGCGUUUAAUAAAAGAAGUUCUUGGCAUUAAAAAUGCACAAAAUUGAAUUCUUUCAUAUGGGAACAGUCACUGUGUUUCUAUGGUAACUGUGUGUGCACUUUGUUACAACAUUGAAUGCAUACUGUGCACAUUGGAUAGUAAAGUAUAUAGUAAAAGUUUUGUGAAAUAAAUAAUCACCAAUAUUUUGUAAAUUAAAAAGGUGUCAACGCCUACAACAUGAGUACUUUCAUACAAAAUAUUUACAUUAAAGAUGGAGAAUAUACAAAAACAAUUUAUACAAUGAUUAAGGAACAAAGAUAUACAGAGACAAUAAAAGUGUUAAUUGCACUUCUAGAUGUUUAUCCUGCUUCCAGACCUUGUUUAUCUCUACUUGCUCACUGUUAUUUUUAUACUCAAGAUUUUAUAGCUUCUGCGCAAUGUUAUGAAAAAUUAGUUCAAUUAUGUCCGGAUGAAAGUAUAUACAAGUUAUACCAUGGUCAAUCUUUACAUCAAGCAUGUAUGUAUCAAGAAGCAUGGACAAUAUGUUCCAGUAUCGUUAAUCAAAGCAACCUGGAAUUUAAAGUAAAGAAACUGCAGGCAGCAAUAAAAUAUGGCCAAGAAGAUAUUGUUGCUGCAAAAAAUCUUGUUGAUCAAUGCUCAGUUGAUGAUGUUGAUACAGAGAUUAAUUUAGGAUGUCUUUUAUACAAGGAAGAACAAUACGAACAAGCAUUAAAAAAAUUUGCUAAUGCGUUACAAAUUGCAGGUUUUAAACCACAUUUAUCAUAUAAUGUUGCACUUUGCUAUUUUAAAUUAAAAGAAUAUGCUGCAUCCUCGAAACAUAUUGCUGAUAUUAUUGAACAAGGGAUAAAGGAACAUCCAGAAUUAGGAGUAGGCAUGACAACAGAAGGCAUAGAAGUACGCAGUGUUGGUAAUACUUUAACGCUUCACGAAACAGCUUUAACAGAAGCAUUCAAUUUAAAAGCAGCCAUAGAAUAUCAACUACAAAAUUUUGAAGCAGCAAAAGAAGCAUUAACGGAUAUGCCUCCCAGAUCUGAAGAAGAGCUUGAUGCUGUUACUUUGCAUAAUCAAGCCUUAAUAAAUAUGGAUACAAAGCCAAGCGAAGGAUUUGAGAAACUAAUGUUUUUAUUACAACAAAAUCCAUUUCCACCUGAAACUUUUGCUAAUUUGUUACUGUUGUACUGCAAAUAUCAAUACUAUGAUUUAGCUGCAGAUGUGCUUGCCGAAAAUGUGCACUUGACUUACAAAUACUUAACGUCGUAUUUAUAUGAUUUUUUGGAUGCAUUAAUUACGCAACAAACUUCACCAGAAGAAGCCUAUCGGAAAUUUGACGAUCUUGGUAAUAAACAUAUGGAAAUAUUACGAAAAGCUACAAAAAGAGUACAAGAAGCAAGAUUAAAUCACGAUGAUAAUGCCGUUAAAAAAGCAGUAAAUGAUUACGAAGAAGCCUUAGAAAGAUACAUACCAGUUUUAAUGGCACAAGCUAAAAUUUAUUGGGAACUUGGGAAUUAUAUACAAGUGGAAAAGAUUUUCAGAAAAAGCGUGGAAUUCUGCAAUGAGCAUGAUAUAUGGAAACUAAACGUAGCUCAUACUCUUUUUAUGCAAGAAAAUAAAUUUAAAGAAGCGACUGGAUUUUACGAGCCGAUUGUUCGAAAAAAAUAUGAUAAUAUUUUAGAUGUAAGCGCUAUAGUACUUGCUAAUUUAUGCGUUAGCUACAUUAUGAACUCUCAGAAUGCGGAAGCUGAAGGAUUGAUGAAAAAAAUUGAAAAGGAAGAGCAAGCCGUUUCGCAAGAAGAUCAGGAGAAAAAAUUAUUUCACUUGUGCAUUGUAAAUUUAGUAAUUGGAACGUUGUAUUGUUCAAAAGGAAAUUAUGAAUUUGGGAUAUCCAGAGUAAUGAAAAGUUUGGAACCUUAUAAUAAAAAAUUAGGAACAGAUACUUGGUUUUAUGCGAAAAGAUGCUUUCUAUCUCUUUUAGAACAGCUGGCUAAGCAACUAGUAGUUUUAAAAGAUACUACACUUCAGGAAUGUAUACAAUUCUUGGAACACUGUGAAGUUUAUGGAAGAGACGUGGUGACAGUUGUAGAGCAGCCUUUUGAUAUGCAGGAUAUGCUUUCCGUAACUCCUCAAGGAAAAGAAACGGUUGUAUACGAAGCGCGUUAUUUAAAAGCUUUAUUCUUAAAACUACAAAUGUGAAUAUCUACGUAAAGAUAUGUGUAACAUAUGUAACAUUUGGUAGCAAGGAUUUAUUAUAUGUACAUAUGUAUACGAUCAUUAAAUCUUAACAUAAAA